GAGGCUGCAUCCUGCACCGAGAAGAGUGAGAGUGAUUUUUCCCAUUCCUUCGCCUAUAUCCUGAUUUCCUCUACUUUGAUCACCUUUGGGAAAAGAUGUCUUCUAUAAAAAGAAGUCCAAUGCAAGAAAUAAUUUCCCAGUUUCACUGUUCAGCUGCAGAAGGAGAUAUUGCCAAAUUAGCAGGAAUGCUGAGUCAUUCGCCAUCUCUGCUCAAUGAAACAUCUGAUAAUGGCUGGACAGCUUUAAUGUAUGCUGCAAGGAAUGGGCACACAGAUGUUAUCCAACUUCUACUUGAUAAAGGGUGCAACAGAUCCAUUGCCAAUAAGUCAAGGCAGACUGCACUAGAUAUUGCUAAAUUUUGGGGUUAUAAGCAUAUAGCUAACUUAAUAGCUAAUGCUAAAGAUGGGAAGAAGCCUUGGUUCCUAACCAGUGAUGUGGAAGAAUGUGAAAAUUAUUUUAGCAGGACACUACUGGACCGGAAAAGUGAAAAAAGAAAUAAUUCUGACUGGCUACUAACUAAAGAAACCCACCCAACCACAGUUUAUAUUCUUUUCUCAGAUUUAAAUCCAUUGGUUACUCUAGGUGGAAAUAAAGAAAGUUACCAACAACCAGAAGUAAGGCUUUGUCAGCUGAACUAUACAGAUGUAAAGAAUUAUUUGACUCAUCCUGAGAAGAUUACCUUGAUUUUGAAAAAAGAGUUAUUUAACUCAGCUGGGGAAGUUCCAAAAGAAGAGGCAGAUGGAUUGGUUGCCUGGUUCGCUUUGGGUAUAGAUCCUGCUGCUGCUGAAGAAUUUAAGCAAAGACAUGAAAACUGUUAUUUUCUCCAUCCUCCAAUGCCAGCUCUUCUGCAGUUGAAAGAAAAAGAAGCCGGUGUUGUGGCUCAAGCAAGAUCUGUUCUUGCCUGGCACAGUCGAUACAAGUUCUGUCCCACUUGUGGAAGUGCAACUAAAAUUGAAGAAGGUGGCUAUAAGAGAUCAUGCCUGAAAGAAGGCUGCCCGAGCCUCCAUGGAGUUCACAAUACAUCAUACCCAAGAGUUGAUCCGGUUGUAAUCAUGCAAGUUAUUCAUCCAGAUGGGACCAAGUGUCUUUUGGGCAGGCAGAAAAGAUUUCCCCCAGGCAUGUUUACUUGCCUUGCUGGAUUUAUUGAACCUGGGGAGACAAUAGAAGAUGCUGUUCGGAGAGAAGUAGAAGAGGAGAGUGGAGUCAAAGUUGGCCAUGUUCAGUAUGUCUCUUGUCAACCAUGGCCAAUGCCCUCCUCCUUAAUGAUUGGUUGCUUAGCUGUGGCCGUGUCUACAGAAAUUAAAGUUGACAAGAAUGAAAUAGAAGAUGCCCGCUGGUUCACUAGAGAACAGGUUGUGGAUGUUCUGACCAAAGGAAAGCAGCAGGCAUUCUUUGUGCCACCAAGCCGAGCUAUUGCACAUCAGUUAAUCAAACACUGGAUUGGAAUGAACCCCAACCUCUAAAUCAGAUGACUAGACUUUGUCCAAGUAUUAAUUGGUUUCACUACCACUUACCCCUUCAAGUUAGAUUAGGAAUGUUUGAAACUCUUGAGAGUAACACAAUACAAGCUACUCUAUUUCAAAAUCUUUUGUAAGUGUGCUUUCCAUCAACCACAGACUUCAUAUUUUCACAAAUUAUACCAUUUCCUCAGAUUUUAUUACAUCUGAGUAAGCCUUCAUUUAUUUUGGAAAUGCCCCAACGUUUUAUCUCACAAACACAUAAAACUAUUAAGGUAAAUUAAGUGAGAAAGAAACUUGCUCUAAAAAUGAAAUUGGUUACCCUGUCUUUAAACGGAUCAGUAAAGUUCCUUUAGAAAAAUAAUACAGAACAAUUUAAUGAAUUUUUUACUUUAUUUUAGCCUUUUUAAUUUUUUAUUAUUAUUUUUUUGUAUUUUUAGCCUUUUCAAAACACAAAAGAUGUCCUUAAGUUUUGGUAGAUGAUUUUAACUCAAAUUCCCAUUGUAACAUUUUUCUUAGUUCCACUGUUCUAACAGUGGUACUAUGUUUUGGCCUCUAGAAUUUUAUAUUUUAACAAUUCUAAGAGUGAUUAAAAUACCACACCAUCAUAACAAGAGAGCUAACAAGAGCAUAACAAGGUCUCUGAAACUUCCUCCUUAAAUCUGUUAGGAAUAUUCAAAAUAAUUUCUUAAUUCAAAUUGAGAUAUUAUUUUUUUGCAUUUUCAUGGAAACUACAAAAUUUGAAAUGAAUUAUCUUCAAAGAUAAUAUAUUAAGUAAAUGAAAGAUAAUUUACAUAUUUAAUAAAAACUAAAUUUGUGUUAUUUUUCAUAAGGUAUUUAUCUAUGUUAGCAAAAUUAUAUAAUAUUCCUAACAUAUUUAUUCAGCACAAGUAAAUCAUCUUUAUUUUGGUCUUCAACACAUCCUAAGAAACCUUUAAAAAAAGUACAUGGGAAUCGGGCGGUAGCGCAGCUGGUUAAGCACAGGUGGCGCAAAGCGCAAGGACAGGCUUAAGGAUCCUGGUUACAGCCCCGGCUCCCCAACUGCAGGGUAGUCGCUUCACAGGCAGUGAAGCAGGUCUGCAGGUGUCUAUCUUUCUCUCCUCCUGUCGCCUCCUUCCUCUCCAUUU